AGCUCCCCAGUAUUUUGCUUUUAAAGAUGUAGACAAGCACUCUGUCACUUUGACCUGGAAAAAUCCAGCUCCACCUAGUGAUAAAGACAUACUACUUUUGGCAUAUUCACUAUCUUACACCUCGGUUAAUGGGAAAAGUCACGGAAAAACAAAGGAACUGCUGUUACCACCUUCAGCGAAGUCCAAGACACUCUCAGGGCUGGCUGAAGGUACUGUAUAUGACUUCAUUGUGUCAGCUGUCUACAGUGGGAAUAAACGUAUACCUGCACCAAAGAAAUCAGUCCGAACUAAACCCCUCAGUAUGGACGACCUCGCUGUGGAUGAUGGGAAAAUUUACCAAACUACCCCAAAAGAACCAGAAUGUAACUGUAGUGAGCCAGGCAUGGUGGCCUGCACGAGAAUGCACGGUGCGGUAAAAUGCACAUGCUUUCCUGGUUAUGCUGGUAGGUGGUGUGAGAGUUGUUCACCUGGAAAUUAUAGGAACGGAAAGGAAUGUAAACCAUGCCCUUGUGUUAACAUCACGUCAUCAGGAGAAUGCUCAUUAGAUAAAACAGGAGAAGUCACGUGCACGUCGUGUAUGCCAGGACACAGGGGUGUGUUGUGUGAUUCCUGUACUGCGGGUUACCACUGGAAGGAGGACCACUGUGUAGCACUGAAUUGUCUGAGUUUUAGCCUUUGUGCUGACCAACAGGAUGACCCCAGUUGUUCAGACUGUAUCUUCUUAAUGGAAAACCUGGCGCCCCCUACAGCACAAAAGAGUUCUGCUCGUACGAUAUCAGAUGGAACAGUUCCGUUGAUCGCCGUUGUUGCCACACUGGGAGUAAUUCUAUUGGUUGCAGCAAGUGCUACCUGUUAUCGGUAUUGGUCCCAUCGUCGGAAUAGGCCACGCCUUCCAUUCUGGAGUAUCGAGCUCCGUGAGGAAAAAAUUAAUCUCAGUUCCGAAUGCCAAUAUCAACACUUAGACGCUGCUACAAAUAAGGUCGUAGAAGCCACAUCUUCCGACGACGUCGAACCUGAUUUUCUGGUUACUCCACAACUACGGCGAUCUACUUCAAAGAAAAUUUGCAGAACUAUGGACGUUUGAGAUUUCUAACCUUUCCAGACUGUCUAUGGAGAGUGAGGACAAACUUUUAACGUAUAUGUUUUCUAGUCAAAAAAAAAAGAAACCUAAAAAUGAUACGAAAAUUUUCAAGUCACAUGAGAGAUGAAUAACUAUGACAGGUUAUUUUUUUUCUCAAGCACAACAUUGGAUUAUUUUGAAUCGUAGUGAAACAUUUCGUUAUUAAUGGUAUUAUUAUUACUAGCUUAGGUUUAACUGUGAAUAAAUGUUUGGAUUAUCUGUUAUACGUUAACCAAAUAUCAAAAUAUCACUUUAUAUUAUAAUCAACAUAAUUUCCUUUAAAAAAAAUAAAAUAGUUAAAAUAUAUUUACUGAAAAUAACUAGAACGUUGGAUCUUUAUUGUGAAAACAAGGCAUAUAAUCUUUAACGUUUUGUUUCAGUGUUGAACUGUAGAAUUUAUUGGUGUAACGUGUUUAAAAUGUUUCUGUGCCAAGGCCAUUCAGAGUUUAUCCUCCUAUCAAAGGUCAUGCGAUCCUUUCUUUUGUGCGUGACUUGUCAAGAUAAACUUGUCCUCCUAUGUUCCAGGUCUAUCCAGAUUACUGUAUACAUUCCUUUCCAUUUUUCUCGGUAUAUCCAUAUUGUCAUUAUUUUAUCCUUGUUCACUUUUCUUUUGUCUCAUCUUUCUCCAAUAUAUUUUCACAAUAUAUGACCCUACAGAUCAUCAUAAUCCGUUAUUCCUCAGUUCCAGUUCCACGUACAUGACCAUAUCUACGGUCUUCUUUGAUUGACCUGUCUAAAUGACUAUGGUGUCUUUGUUUUAUUUCUCAUUUUGUGUUCACUUUGCCACAAUUUCCUUUUCAACUGUUGAGCCUUUUCAAACUACCUUGAUUUUAUAUGCUAUUCAAGAUUUAUCAUGUGUUUAGAGCUUCUUUUUUUUUCGACUAGCCCAUUCAUGUUUUUAUAUUCCCAUACAUUUCUGCUCUUGUCGUAUUCAAAUUGACGUUCUCCAGUUUUAUACAUAUUGCUGUAUCGUUGUCUUCCUCCGUCCUCUGCUUGUCUUGAUUCCAUAUCUGACCCGAAUCUUACUGAUAAACAUAAUAUUUCGUGUUUCGAAUUUAGCCUGAUUAGCACACUCUUAUUAUUUAUUGUAUCAAUUUUAUCCAGAUAAGCAUAUCAUCCUACUCUUCUGUUUGAGGCUUAUCCAUAUUACCACCUCCUUCUCCUGUGCUCCAAAUCUAUCCAAAUGAUUCUAGCCAUCUUCUCUUCUGGAACUCCUGUGCUCCAAAUCUAUCCAAAUGAUUCUAUCCAUCUUCUCUUCUGGGACUCCUGUGCUCCAAAUCUAUCCAAAUGAUUCUAGUCAUCUUAUCUUCUGGGAUUUCUGUGCUCCAAAUCUAUCCAAAUGAUUCUAUCCAUCUUCUCUUCUGGUACUCCUGUGCUCCAAAUCUAUCCAAAUGAUUCUAUCU